GCACAUCCCGUGAAUGCACGUGUAUUUAAAUAAAGUGCAAAAAGUACAUUUUAAUAGUUCAACGAUUUUAAACCGGAUUUUCUCUAGUUUUUGCAAACCAUGGCUGCAGGAAUAUUCGAAGUACACGAAUCUGAAUAUGAACUUCAAAGGAAUCAACGAAUUAAAGAGAAUAACGAAAUAAUGCGAAAGAUUUUUGGCGAAACUUUAACCGAACAUUUCCCUGCAAAAAAGUGUACGCCACGUGCUCGUGCGAGGUCUUGUUCGCCCUAUGUGGCCAGGAAAAAGGAAGUUUUCACUCCAUUACGGCGAAAUCCUAAACGCAGCGCUAGGUCUUAUUAUAGCAGAGAUGUGGAAAGCUGCAGCGAAGCCUCUGAUGAUGAGAUCACGUCUAAAAAUAGAUUGAUUGUGCAUUGGGUUGGUCCAUUGACUAAGAAAAGGAGAAUCUCGGGUAAAUAUUCAAUAAUGUCUCGGUCUUACCUUGUUAUUUUACUCUGUCUAAUGCCAGGCAAUUUUAAUCAUCAAGCAGAAAGUAUUGGGGGGGGGGGGGCGCGGUGUUGGCCCUGGAGAUAUGGGCCCCAGAAAAAUUCUGACCAGUAUUUUGUAAUGGAAAUUUUAUAUCUUCGUAUAUUUUAAAUGUUCUGAAUUUGUUUGUGAUUCGUUUGUGAUUAUUAAGUAGAGUUGUUAUAACUUGAAUGACUCUUGACUAAAUCUAUUUCAUGUUUUUUUCUGCAUAGACAACAGCACUGGUGAUGGUGAACUCAGUGAAGAAUUGGGCUACCGUCGCUCUGGAAGUCGUCCCAGAAGUAUACAACAUGUCGUAAGACCCAUAUCCGACUUUACCGAAGAAGACCUGUUAUUGGUUGCCGAGACUGUUUCUGAGAAACGCUACGACCCGAUCAACGGGACAUCUUGUCACCAAUGUCGUCAAAAAACAGAAGACCUAAAAACUGUUUGCCGCAACGAAAACUGUGUUGGUAUCAGAGGCCAGUUCUGUGGCCCGUGCCUGAGAAACCGGUAUGGUGAAAGUGUCAAAGAAGCCAUAAUGGAUCCGGAUUGGUUUUGCCCACCCUGCCGGAAUAUAUGUAACUGUAGUUUUUGUAUGAAGAAGCGAGGUCGAAGGUGCACCGGUCAAUUGAUCGGCAUAGCCCGACAAAAUGGAUACAACGAUGUGAAAUCGUUCCUUGGAGAUUAAGAACAUACUGUUUUAUAAUGAGUUAAAGUUUAUAUCUCUUUCUGCAUAAUUUUUACAUGUUAGCUUUUCAGAACUAUAACUUUGCAUAGUUUUUCUAAUGUACAUUAGCAAUAUAAAUUCUAAUAAAAGUAUAUUUGAUAUUUUGUUAUAUACAUAUGAUAUGGCAUAAUUUAUUCUGUGAUUUAUAAUCUAGUAAAUGUCCCUCACUAAUAAACACCAUCCUUUCUAAAGUCCCCAAACAUUCAUUCUAUUUACAAAAUACUUUUUAAUUUAAAGUACCAAAAUUUUAAUUACAUACGGAUUUUGUUCAAAAUAUAUACAACAUUGUCAAUCACUCUACAUUCAAAAUGGCACAUAAAUGAUAUUUCAGUCAUGUAAUCAAUAUGAAUCUUGAUGGAUUAUAUACAAAUUUUAUCAAGCUUUCUGAAACUCUAAAUGUACAAGAAAUCUUACUGUACUAUACUAGCUUUAUUUAUACAACAUGGAUAGCUCUAUCAGUUCUAAACUGUUCUCCCUAGCAUCCAGUAAAUAAAUCUUUUUAGAGCUAAGCUGGAACAAUCGCGAGGACGAAGUAGAGUCAAAAUGGAAGCAAUAUUCGGAUUCCAGUGCUGUAAAAGUUAUUUAUUUUUUUAAACGAGUUACAGACUUGCAGUUACAUGCUUGAAAAAGGAACUAGUUAUACACGUGACGAUUCUAACUAGUUUAUACCGUGACAAAGUUACUUCACGAUUUUUGUAACUAGUUAACUUGUUUAAAGUUACAUCUACUGUAAAAAAUACGAUAACCCAACUGCAAGCCGUAACGAAGUUACUUGCAGCACUGCAAUAUUCUAACGACAUGUGACCAUGGCGAAAUUAUAAUCAGACAAUUAAAUAUCGCAGAAAUCAAAGCCUGGUCACAAACCACUGUGUCACUCUCACUCACCCAACACUGUUUAUAUUUGCUACUUUCAUAAUAGGAUGCAUUUUUAAAUAUUCCUGAACCCCACCAAGAUGGAAACCACCCCCAGUGCACUUUCCUAAGGGGGGCAAGGGGGUGGGAGUGGCCUAUUAAUAUAAAUAACAAGAGAUAUGGUGUGUCAGUAUGACGCCUUAGCAAUUUUCGUCCAGGAAUGCGGUCACUGGAGCUUCAAAAAUAUAAAAAGUUUCUGCAGAAGCACCCAGAUGCCAAUUUGUUUUCUAUGAACUUGGAGAUGCAAUGAUAAUGAAUGCGUACAUUGAAAAUAACAGGUAAAUUUUUAACAUUGAAGUUCCAAAUCAGGUAGAAUCAAUCUUUUGACACACACAAAGAAGAAGCAAAGAAGAAGAAAAAAG